GAGUUCAAGUAUCGGCUGUUAUGAGAGGGACAGAUUAGAGGGAAUAACACUUCCAACAUUCUUCCUUAAAAAAAAAAAAAACCGAGAGGCUGGAUGGCUUACAACAAACAUCCUUUAACAUACAUUCCUGAGCUUCUACAGAAGUAACAGGAAUCCUCUUGAGCCAACAAGAAAGAGGGAGCUCAAACCAGGCUGGACGCCCGUGAACAGCCUCCAUGAGGCCCUGGACCAGUGCAUGACCGCCCUGGACCUCUUCCUCACCAACCAGUUCUCAGAAGCACUCAGCUACCUCAAGCCUCGAACCAAGGAGAGCAUGUACCACUCACUGACGUAUGCCACCAUCCUGGAGAUGCAGGCCAUGAUGACCUUUGACCCUCAGGACAUCCUACUUGCUGGCAACAUGAUGAAGGAGGCGCAGUUGCUGUGUCAGAGGUACCGGAAGAAGUCCUCUGUAACAGAUUCCUUCAGCAACCUUGUGCACCGCCCCACCAUGGAUCAGUUCACGGAAGAGGAAAUCCACGCUGAGGUCUGCUACGCAGAAUGCCUGCUGCAGAGAGCAGCCCUGACCUUCCUGCAGGAUGAGAACAUGGUGAGCUUCAUCAAGGGCGGCAUCAAAGUUCGAAACAGCUACCAGACUUACAAGGAGCUGGACAGCCUCGUGCAGUCCUCACAAUACUGCAAGGGGGAGAACCACAGGCACUUUGAAGGAGGCGUGAAGCUUGGUGUGGGUGCCUUCAACCUGACGCUGUCCAUGCUUCCUACUAGGAUCCUGAGGCUGCUGGAGUUCGUGGGGUUUUCAGGAAACAAGGACUAUGGGCUGCUGCAGCUGGCGGAGGGCGCCUCGGGGCACAGUUUCCGCGCUGUGCUCUGCGUCAUGCUGCUGCUGUGCUACCACACCUUCCUCACCUUCGUGCUUGGCACCGGGAAUGUCAACAUCGAGGAGGCAGAGCAGCUCUUGAAGCCCUACCUGAAGCGAUACCCUAAGGGCGCCAUCUUCCUGUUCUUUGCAGGGCGGAUUGAAGCCAUCAAAGGCAAUGUUGACGCCGCCGUCCGGCGCUUCGAGGAGUGUUGUGAGGCCCAGCAGCACUGGAAGCAGUUCCACCACAUGUGCUACUGGGAGCUGAUGUGGUGCUUCACCUACAAGGGCCAGUGGAAGAUGGCCUACUUCUACGCCGACCUGCUCAGCAAGGAGAACUCCUGGUCCAAGGCCACCUACAUCUACAUGAAGGCUGCCUACCUCAGCAUGUUUGGGAAGGACGACUACAAGCCGUUUGGGGAUGACGAAGUGGAGUUGUUUAGGGCUGUGCCAGGCCUGAAACUCAAGAUCGCUGGGAAAUCUCUACCCACAGAGAAGUUUGCCAUCCGGAAGUCCAGGCGCUACCUUGCUCCCUCACCCAUCUCAUUGCCAAUCCCUGCUCUGGAAAUGAUGUACAUUUGGAAUGGCUACGCUGUGAUUGGGAAGCAGCCCGAACUCACAGAUGGGAUACUUGAGAUUAUCACCAAGGCUGAAGAGAUGCUGGAAAAGGGCCCAGAAAAUGAGUACUCAGUGGAUGAUGAGUGCUUGGUGAAGCUGCUGAAAGGCCUGUGUCUGAAAUACCUGGGCCGUGUCCAGGAGGCUGAGGAGAAUUUCAGGAGCAUCUCUGCCAACGAAAAGAAGAUUAAAUAUGACCACUACUUGAUCCCAAAUGCCCUGCUGGAGCUGGCUCUGCUGUUUAUGGAGCAAGGCAGAAACGAAGAGGCUGUCAAACUCUUGGAAACUGCCAAGCAAAACUACAAGAAUUACUCCAUGGAGUCAAGGACACAUUUUCGAAUCCAGGCAGCCACACUCCAAGCCAAGUCUUCUCUAGAGAAUGUAAGCAGAGCUGUGGUCUCAUCAGUGUCCCUGUAGUUUGGCGCAGCACUCCCAAGCUGGCAGACAGACAGCUGGACAGAGCUCCUGGAAACAUUUCAAAACUGAUCCCCACCCCCUGCCCUGCCUUUGGGGUCCACCGGUGCUCCAGUGGGAUGGCACGACAUGAGUAUCCGUGAAGAAGCCAAGCCUACAUUUUCACCUGUGUGGCCAAGGUCCUCUGCCAAGGACAGAGCAGGUGGAGCUCUCCACCUGCCCUAUCACAUAUACGGGUACUUGUUUUUCACUGUGAUGUUUAAGAGAAUGUAUGAACAGUUUACAUUUUACUUAGAAAUACAAUGAUGGGAUCAUAGUUGGCUUUUCAAAAAACCACCAACCAACCACCUGUAACCUUUGCUUUAACCCAUACUGAUCGGGGGGUAAGUCUGUAUGCUGCCAAAGGCCAAACUGCUUUUCAAAUGUCAGCACGGUCUCAGCUCCCAGGGCUGGAGGGACCCUCAGGAUGGUCUGCACCUCAGGCUUCAAGGCUUCUGGGGUUGCACAGAGACACUAUCUUACACUUUGUUUUAACUCCCUUUGUACCUGUCCAAUUUUUAAAAAGCAAACAUGUCUAUUUAGUGAGAUAACUUUCAUUGGGAUCCAUCUGUAGGAAAUCAGUCUCCACCAGUAAGGAAUGGGGAUGCCGAGGCCUGACAGAAGGGGACCUGUGUGGCUCUUUCUGUGCCAUGAAG